CAAGUUGCCAGCUCUAGAUUCGCAGCUUAUCUGUCGCACUGGAACAAAUUGCAACUCCUCUGAAGUGCCUGAUUCUCCUUUUCCUCGAGAGACUUUCUUGAACCUGUCAAUCCUCCCCAAUUCGUCUCAAUAAAACUGUACCUCAAGCAAUAUGCUCCACUUAAUCCGAACUCUGUUUUCUUUGAAUUUGGUUUUGGCAUUCACUGUGGCAGCAUACCCUAGCCAAAGUGCUCUGCUCCAAAACGUGCCUCAUGGUUUGGGAAAAAGAUUUCAGACGGUCCACGCCGAAGCAUCUGCCCCACGGCCAUGGGUCAAGACGGCCCGAGACUUUAUUCAAGAAGCUCCUCAAGAUAUGACGGCAGAGCGCGCCGAGAAACGAUCGAGCCAACCAAUACCACGAAGCUUUUCGAGAAUUCGCAGACGUCCAGAGGCAGGGAUCGCUACCUCUCGUCAGACAACUGGAAUAUCCAACCCGCGCCCAUGGGUUCAAAAAGAUGAAGCUAUCUGAUCAAUGAAGUGAAUAUGAAACGUUAUAAUGGCACGCCAGCUCGCAAAUAGUUCAAUGAAUAUAGGAAUUGCGGCGCGAAUCGCUUCAGGGCCGCUCGGUAUUUUGAAAUUUGGUUCGAUUUAGUUUAUGGCUUUAAAAUCUGUCAAACAUAACAAUUCAAAAACAAAUUCCAUGUACUGCCAACUCGGCGAGACUUCUAGUAAUCGUGAAUGGUUAUGCAGGCCCAAGUGAGGCCCAGAACACCCGAAACAUCGUAUGAUUGCAGCAGGUUAUCACAAGUCCUGGGGAAGCAGACGAAGCCGCAUCGUGGGCCAAUGAGAGUCAGAG